CUUCACAUAUCUGUAAUUCCUGCUUGGGACAGCAGCUAAGGCAGCAAGCAGCAAGGUAACGGUUCAGCUUUACUCCCAUAUUCUUAUAUUAUUAAUUAAGUAACUGCUUCUUAACCUAUUAAGUAUAUGCUUAAAAGAAAUGUACUUUAAUGUACUUCCAUCGAGUUGAAGGUUGGGAGUACUGAUUGAUUAUUGACUUCCCUGGAAUAGUUUAAAUUAUACAGUUGAAGUCGGAAGUUUACAUACACCUUAGCCAAAUACAUUUAAACUCAGUUUUUCACAGUUCCUGACAUUUAAUCCUAGUAAAAAUUCCCUGUUUUAGGUCAGUUAGGAGCACCACUUUAUUUUAAGAAUUUGAAAUGUCAGAAUAAUAGUAGAGAGAAUGAUUUGUUUCAGCUUGUAUUUCUUUCAUCACAUUCCCAGUGGGUCAGAAGUUUACAUACACUCAACUAGGAUUCGUUUUACUGUGGGUAUAGAUAUUUUUGUACCUGUUUCCUCCAGUAUCUUCACAAGGUCCUUUGCUGUUGUUCUGGGAUUGAUUUGCACUUUUCGCACCAAAGUACGUUAAUCUCUAGGAGACAGAACGCGUCUCCUUCCUGAGCGGUAUGACGGCUGUGUGGUCCCAUGGUGAUUAUACUUGCGUACUAUUGUUUGUACAGAUGAACGUGGUACCUUCAGGCGUUUGGAAAUUGCUCCCAAGGAUGAACAAGACUUGUGGAGGUCUACAAAAUGUUUUCUGAGGUCUUGGCUGAUUUCUUUUGAUUUUCCCAUGAUGUCAAGCAAAGAGGCACUGAGUUUGAAGGUAGGCCUUGAAAUACAUCCACACAGGUAUACCUCCAAUUGACUCAAAUUAUGUCAAUUAGCCUGUCAGAAGCUUCUAAAGCCAUGACAUCAUUUUCUGGAAUUUUCCAAGCUGUUUAAAGGCAUGGUCAACCUAGUGUAUAUAAACUUCUGACCCACUGGAAUUGUGAGACAGUGAAUUAUAAGUGAAAUAGUCUUCUGUAAACAAUUGUUGGAAAAUUACUUGUGUCAUGCACAAAGUAGAUGCCCUAACCGAUUUGCCAAAACUAUAGUUUGUUAACAAGACAUUUGUGGAGUGGUUGAAAAACAAGUUUUAAUGACUCCAACCUAAGUGUAUGUAAACUUCCGACUUCAACUGUAUGUUGAUGUGUUUGUGACAGUAUACCACAGUUGAUACAUCAAGGAAUGAUUUGGGGUGUGCAUUUUCACUCAAUCGCUCAAAUAUCAGCAACAUAGAUCAGCAUCACUCUGAUGGGCUUUCCUGUGUUGUAUUUACAGAUGUCUGGAGGAAUCUUCUGCCCUUUGGAGAACCUAUACGACCCAGACAGUGCCAACUGCCACCCCUUGGUAUGCCACUUGUGCCAUGAGCAGUACGAACACCCCUGUUUGCUGGACUGUUACCACACAUUCUGCGCCAGUUGUCUGCGUGGCAGGGCCGUGGAAGGCAGACUCUCCUGCCCCCUCUGUGGGUAAGCAUGGGUCAUUCCAUUGAUUUACUGGAUGGCAUGAAUCAUGGUAUAGGUAUUUUACUUUCUUAUGGAACAAAUUCCUUUGCUUUAUCAUAUCAAUGACCAACUCAGUGACUUUGUGGUUAAAGUGUACGCCCUAAGAUUGGAAAGUUGGGGGUUUGAUCCACGGUCGAGUCAUACCAAAUGGGACCUGAUGCCUCACUGCUUGGCACUCAGCAUUAAGGAGAUGGAUUGGGGGUAAGACCCUGCAACAGGCUAGCGUCCAGGGCGUGUACAUGUACAGUAGUUUAAGCUGCCUCACGCUACAGAAACAGGAGAUAGACUCCUUUCCCUAUGGGCCGUUCUGGCUUGGAAAAGGCUAACUUGUUCUAGGCUUACUUCAUCAUAUUAAUAGCUAUUAUAGUAAAAUGUCCCAUGGACUGUUCAACUCCAUUUUCUCCAUCCUGUCUGAUGUCAUUGGAAGGGCUGAAGUAUUUAUCAUUGAUGCGUGUACACUGAAAGAUACCUAGAACAACAUAGCCUCUCCAGUUAGCACUGCCAGGAUGAAAGUCUUAUGGGAUUAUCUGGGGGAAAUGGACAGCUGCAGUGUAAAUCCUGCCUUUGUUUCAUCCUGCCUGGCAUUGAGAACAGCUUGGUCCUAGAUAGCUGGCAACUCUCAGUAAGAAGAUAAAGAGAGUUUGGGCACCUUGACAUUUGAAUGAUUGAUCCCUCUGGGCUCAGGUUAAGUUAAUUGCUGUGACCUCCAGGACUGGAUUAUGUAACAGUGUUGUCAUUAUGCAGUACUGUGGAUAUUGAUAUGGUAAUGUCAGUACAAAUGAGUUUAGAUGAGAUUGUGGUGGUAUUUCCAGGAUGCCUAUGAGUUUAUUUUGCCUGAGUCACAUGUAGCUCAACUAACAAAACUAACAAAACUAACUAACUAACUAACUAACUAACUAACAUACUUACAUAACUAACUUACAUGCUCUGUAAUAUAGGCUACAUGCUUUGCUUUCUAUGACAGCCUGUACAUUUCAGAUGAAGUAUUCAUUGGAGGUCUUCUUAUGUAAGGGUGAGAGGGUGAGAGGCUACAAUGGACCUUACUAAGUGUAGGACAAGCCUAGUCAAUCCUCUAGCCCCCCUUUAAACACAGGAAAUAUGCUUUAAGCAAACUGUUUGUUUGUGACAUUCAUUCAAUUAAUGACAUGAGAAAUCACACUGGUAUAAAGCAAAAUGCAGUGUCGUUUGUUGCUAUUCUUAUCAUUGACAUUACAUUGUGUAAUCAGAAUUCAGAGCGAUGCUAUUUGUGGCUGUGUUGCCGUGAAGACUAGGUAAAUACUUGGUAAUGGGAGAGGCAGUAGCCUACAUGAGACCAAUAGUUCAACAGCUGUAGCAUAAGAUAUCCAACCCAUACAGAACAAAGGGUAAAACUUUAAACACAAUCACUUUUAAAUAUAUUAGAUCGUUUCCAUUUACUUUUCAAGGAUCUCUUCAUUUUACGAUUGUUAGUAGCUAAAUGUGUUGGAUCCUAUUUGUAUGUUUUGUGUAACCACUCUUGGUUUUGGUACAGACUACAGUCCAUUGUCAAAGGCCUAAGUGCCUUACCCCAGGAGGACCGCCUGCUCAAGUUCCUGGUGGAUAACUCUACUGACUGUGAGGAGACUGUUCAGUGUUCCAACUGUGAUCUGGAGUGCAAGAAGCAGGUAUUAAGGAUUGAUUAACUCUGAAUUAUUUAUUUGGACCUUAACCAUGUAUGCAAAAAUUAUCCUAACAAACACAGGUUUGGUUCAUACCUGUAGUUUCUGUCUGCAGUACAAGCUUUUGAAUAUUUUUGUGGUCUUGUGUGUUGACAGGAUGUGGAUGCAAUGUAUUAUUGCAACACUUGUAGCCAGCCGCUGUGUGGAGCUUGCAGGGAAACAACCCACAAGGCCAAAAUGUUCUCCAGCCAUGAUAUUGUCUCCCUUGCCAAACGCACAAAGGAGGCCCACAAAAAGUGUGGUGUGUUAAAGCUCCAAUCUUCUUCAAACACAGCUAGAUACCUUUUAUGGAUAAACUAGCAGGUGCACAUAACAUUUUGGUGAAAUCCAAGGCUCUCCAGCUCAUAUUAUCUCCUCUGAGAUUCCAUUGUAAUGACUGUCUCGCUCUGUCUGUCUGUCUGACAGUGACUGACUGUCUGUCUGCCCACAGCCCUCCAUGACGAGCUGUACAUAAUGUUCUCCACAGAGAAGAAAUCCAUGCUGUGUAUCAACUGUUUCAGAGACAUGCAAGUGUGAGUUACAUUCAGCUCCUAUCCCUAAUAUUUGAUCACUUAAAUAAUUAAAUAAACAACCAUUAAGCAAUUGCUUGUGUGUGUGUGUCCUUCAGGGAGAGCAGAGCACACUGCAUUGAUAUUGAGACAGCAUAUAUGCAAGGCUGUGAAAGGCUGGACCAAGCCGUCAUAGUGAGUGCAUUCUCUUCAUUAACUCUGCAUUACCUACUUAUUCCAUAUUGCUGUAGAGUAUACCUAUAGACAAUACAUGUGGGCGAACAUGGUGAAGUUUAGUUUAGUUUGUUGGGUGUGUGUGUGGUGGUGUCCAGUACCCUCUCAUGGUGUCACCCCUGACCCCUAGGCGGUAAAGGAGCUCCAGACGUCUGCCAGAGAGGCCAUCAUCCUGCUGAAGGCAAUGAUCGGGGAGGUCCGAGAGAACGUGGAUGAGGAGGAGAGCUCUAUCAGCACUCUGUUCAACAACAUGCAGGUGAGCUGACACAGGCAUCGGUCAUUUAGAAAACGUUCAACUCAACUCAAAGCUGGAAAUGUCCCUCCAUUCCAAUGACAGUUUUUCUCAAUCAAUCAACGUUGUAAAUUUUUUUUGUUUUAGAAUGUUUUAGUUUUUUUGACUAGCAGUUUAUUCUACCAAAAGGUGUCACCCUUCAUGCCUUAUCUCCUAAAGUAGCUGAAAGUUCAAUACAUUGCACAACAUAACAUUAGAUCAAAAGUUGAUCAAAUUGGAAUGCUCAAGUAGUGCUUUUCAUUUACAAACUUAACACUGAGAAGAAAUGAAUGUACUUUUUCAUUGUAAUAGUUUUAGUUGGGCAGUAUAGUUAAUUUCAUUUAAUCAUUUAAUCUUGACACAGAUAAUAUUGUCCUCUUUUGAAGGAAAAACUGGCAGAAAGAAAAAAGAUUCUUCUGAAAGCAGCUCAAAGGUGAUAAUAAAUUUUGCUUCAGGCUACCUUGCUUGAAAACCAGUUAAGGUGGGCGCCACAGGAGGUUGGUGGCACCUUAAUUGGGGAGGAUGGGCUCGUGGUAAUGACUGGAGCGGAUUCAGUGGAAUGGUAUCAAAUACAUCAAACACCUGGUUUCUAUGUGUUUGAUGCCAUUCCAUUUGCUCCAUUCCGGCCAUUAUUAUGAGCCGUCCUCCACUGGCACUGGGCGCAGAGACAAUCAUGUUUAUAAUGUAAUGUAUAGCCUAUGCUCAGAGAAACUGUGAAAUAUUUGGCAUUUACCUGUCAUUGUUUGAAUUGGCCAUCCGAAUACAGAGCACACAGAUUCAGCCUCAAUGGUUGCAUCUAGCCAAUAAAAUUCACUGUAAACUCAAUGAACUCUCAUGGCAGGAAGCUGAAUCCCAAAUGGCACCCUAUUCCCUUUAUAGUGCACUACUUUUGACCAGGGCCCAUAGGGUAGCACACUAUAUAGGAUAUAUGGUGACAUUUGGGAUGCACACAGAGAUAUUGAACAGGCUAAUGGCUCAUCUAAUGCCUGCCUACGUAUCCUGUUCCACAUUUAUAGAUCCUGCUGGGAGAUUAAGGUAUCCAUGGCAGCAGACCAAUAUAGAUAAAAGCCUAAUUCAUAAUAAUAAUGUGUCAGACUAGCUACAUCAGGCUUGCAUGGCACCACUUUGAACCCAGUAGCAAAUGUUCCAAAAAGCUUUGCAUAUGCUGCACAAGCUAAAGAAUAAGGGUGAUAAUCACAUGAUAGUGUUGCUAUUGACAUGUGGGGCAAGAUCAUGCAUGUUGGUCCAGUUAGAUACUGUAAGAGAUCCAUUUAAAAUGGAUUCUCUCUGUUUUUAACAGUCAGCAUGAGGAGAAAGAGAGAGCCUUCAAAGAACAGCUGUCUCAUCUGGCUGCACUCUUACCCACUCUCCAGGUAAUGUCCUAUCUAUGGCAUGCCUUUCUAUCCUGGAGUAGUGAUACACCUGUUGUAUUUGUAAUCCAAAUGGAUGUCCCAUCUUGAGCAGGUGUAAUAUAGUCAACUCAAGGCAAUGUUCUCUGCCUUUCCUGUCUUUAGGUUCAUCUGGUCACUUGCUCAGCCUUCCUAAGUUCAGCCAACAAGUUUGAGUUUCUUGACAUGGGAUAUGUAUGUACAAUACAGUAUGAUAAAUAAUGCCCAAUCUGGUUCCAUGAAUCCAGAAGAGCACACACCAAAACAUUAAAUGGAAUACUAGAAAUUGUGAAUACAGUUUUUAAGCAAAUGUGUUUGACUUUGGUAUCUGUUAUUCAGCAACUGAUGGAGAGACUGAAGAAGAUUGUCAAACUUCCACACAGACUGAGACCAGCUCAGAGUAGCAAGGUAAGAUAAAUAAUUAGGUAGGCGCUUAUAUUUGUCCUAUUUCACACAUGUACACGUGUGUAUUAAUAUGCAUGUGUGAAUUGGAAAUUUGAUUUUUGCAUAUCCCAACUCCCCCUGAGACACCCUGGGAGAGUGGGGUCACGGCCGGGGUCGGCCAUUAUCAACGGUGACCCUGGAUCAAUUAGGGUAAAGCCUCGCUCAAGGCCACAGACAGAUUUUUCACAUUAUCGGCUCGGGGAUUCGAACUGGCGACCUUUCGGUUAAUGAAAAGACCCUCUCUUGUCAUCUUGCCUCUUCAACUGAUGUUUGGUCAUGUCACAUCCCAAAUAUACAUCCCAUUUGUCUUCUAUGUUUCUGGUUUAGAUCAACACAGAGUUUCGGUCCGAAUUUGCUCGUUGCCUUGAGACUCUGUUACUGCUGGGCCAAAGACGCUCGGUGUCCAUUGCUGGGGGUGUGUCUGGAUUGAGUUUGGGCAAUGCCAGCGGACUGUGAGUCAUAUUUCACCCCUACCGUAUGGAAAUAGUACAGACCUACACGAUUUAAGGGAAAAUGUCAUCAGCAUGUUAUUGGUGUUCCCAAUGAGUGAAACCUCAAAAUUCAAGCCAGUAUGCUUGUAAUUCCCAAAUAUGCGCUUGUCGUGUUCUAAAAUAGCCAGCGGAAAUAUGAGGACACCCCUGCCUGAUGCCCAAAAUGUUAUGUCAAAAUACUGAUUUAUUCAUUGUUUUGUGUAACUGUCCCUCUGUCCCCUCAGCCUGCAGUCGUCCCUGUCCAUGCCCUGCCACUCCCCAGCCACCAGUGACAUUUCCCUGGGCUCGUCCGUGGUGCGGAAGCCUACCCCCCACCGCUAUAUCAGCACCAAGGUCCUCCUAGCCGAGGGAGGCGAGACCCCCUUCACCGAGCACUGUCACAACUAUGAGACCAGCUACAGGGUGAGCUUCUACAGCGCUUUUUAGUUACUGUACAGCUCUGAUACCCAUUGUUACAAAAUGACAAACACAAUGUUUUUGUAUGUGUAUUUGAAAUACAUGUCAUGAAUAGUUCUGACGUUCACUUUAGAGAUGCAUGGUUUAUUGAUUUCAAUCAAGGCGCUACCUUGAUUCCUCUACCCUGAUGUAGCCCAUAAAAACCUUGUGUUCUCCUGACUCCAGAAGCUGCAGAUGUCCAUUCAGCAGCUGAAGGACCAGGUGCAGGAGACCCACAGGGAUCUGACCAAGCACCACUCCCUCAUCAAGACCGACACCAUGGGAGACAUCCUGGAUACCUCCGUGCAGAUGGACAGACAGAUCUCCUCUGAGUACUCUGCAGUGGAACACAUGAGGGCCAUGUUUGAGGAGGUGGGAAUCACUAAAGCAAUGAGGAUUAUGAAAAAGUAUUCACACAACCCAGCUUAUCUUUUCAAAGCUAAUUUCCAUCUUGUUAUCCUUCCCCUAGGUCUGGGAGGCAACCUUUCAGAGGGUUGCAAAUGAACAGGAAAUCUAUGAAGGUAAGGGGGAUUUUGUUUUUCUGUUAGCUGUGAGAUAGAUAUGGUCAAGUUAGUGAUUUAUGUACUGCAUGUGGCCAUUCUGUUUUCAGCCCAGCUUCAUGAUCUGACGCAGCUAAGGCAAGAGAACAGUUAUCUAACCACCAUCGCCAGGCAAAUUGGGCCCUAUAUCCGAUCCAUCGCCAAGGUGAAGGAACGCCUUGAACCCAGGUACUGGAGCACAGCCACUGGAACUCAAUAUCACAAACUACAAUGUCUUGACUAACAAGAUAGUUUGGCAAAUGUACAAUUUACUCUGACAAGGGUCACAGACUGAAGCGUUUGUUUAUAUCAUGGUGACUGUGCAAGACAUGGUUUACCAUGAAGUAUUCUCUUUUCAAUGUUCCCACAGACUGAAAGAGCCUAAGGAGCUGAAAGACGACCGUACAGAGGCCAUGCUGAAGAUCUAUGAGGACACCACAGAUACUAAACAAACCAUUUCAACAACACUGACGUAAGCUAGCUAGGAGAUUACUGAAUAACUUGUUGGAAGAAUUGAUCUGAUUGAUUUGAAUGAAAACUAUACAACUUCUCUGUUAAACCUCUACUUUUAUGCUUUACCUCAACAGAAAUGACCUGACCUGUAGGCCUACCACAGAUGACAACCACACUCUCAGCAACCUCUCUGAUGAGGCUGCCCUCAAGAACAAGGAUUUCUACUGGCCAGGGAAGCAGAAGACCACAGAGAUAGCCAUUUGGAAGGAGAUGUCUCCCUAAACAACUGGAUAGGGGCAUGAGACUUCAUCACCAACAAAGUGCAUUAUAUUGAAAAUAACUGUGUUCAGGUUGACUUCUUGUAGUAAUUUGAGCAUGCAUCCAUUAUCCAUAUUAGGACUAGAGUGCCAACAACAUGAAAGUCAACCUAAUGUGAGGAUGACAAUUUUCUUAGGAUAAACUUGUGAUUUUAUUUGACAGGACAAUGUUGUUCAAUCAAUUCAGAAAAUGUCAGUAAAGUGAAAAAAGUUAUCAAUCAAGAGUUAGAUAAGUAUACCCUCUGCAUGAUACAUUUUUACAUUACCUGUAAUAAACUGUAGUAUUGUCAUACUAUAGUGCAACACAACUGGCUUUUUCCAUGUUCAGCUCAGCUGGAUCAUGCUUGGAGCAGCAAACUAUCAUAUGUCUGCAGCCAACUGUAUGUGCUCUUAUAUUAAUUAAUCUACAUCAGUAUUCAUGUAAUACAUCACUUUUAUAGUGCUCUUGACUGUCCUAAUUUCAGAAACUCUCUUUAACUCACACACACUCGUCUUGCACAGUUAAAGUGCUUUUGACUGUUCUAAUUUCACAAAUUCUCUUUUCACUCACAGACAUACUCCUCUUGCACUCCAUACAGUCUGGGCAUACAGAGUGGAGGGCAGAGGCGACCUUUCACCUGAGACAAGCUGUGGUAGUUCAGAAGAAAGCCAUGUUGGGUUGAGCUCUCUGAACCCCUUAGCCAUAGGAAUGCAUCUUUUGGUUGGUUUCAAUACACAGUGAGCAUGAGGAGACAAGCACACAGAACAAAUAAAUAACAGGUGGAGUGAUGAUUAAGUGGAGGUAGAGAGAGCGUGUGAGAGCGAAUGCAUUUUAAAGAUGACUAUUUGUCAGUGCCCCUAUAACUAAAACCCUAUGGAAGGAACAACACCCCUGAUUCAUACCCAGGGACAAUUUUAAGACUUACAGCAGACUGGAAUAGAACAGUGAAUGGAUUGUCAGUGUUCAUUAUGUUUGAAUUACUUACAAAGUAGACAUUUCUGACUUAUUACGCCGUACCGAUUGGAGAAAUCCGAGAACCAGGCUGCAACUUGCUCAGGUUGUCAAAUUAGCAAAAGAUUUGUGAUUGUACAGCCUUUUGAUCCUGAGUGGACAUGGGAUAUGUGAAUUUAAAAAUCAGGGGUUGGAACUGAAAUGAUUUUCCAAUCGUUUCGUUCUCAACAGAACCACUAUUUUAUUUGUUCCGUUUCACUGUUCUGACCAGCAAAAUAAA